AUGAUCCUAGACACUUGCAACAGCAACUCAACAAAAGUCGGAACUGAAGAGCUGGGCCUGACCAUCGCGGACUUUUCUGCAUCUUUGGCCCACGGCGAGUACUGCGCCAAAAACGCUUCAUACAUCAGGCCCGAUGAUGCUGGGUCUAUCCUUCCGUGGCCCUACACGCUGGCCUGGUUCCUCAUCCAUUUCCCAAUCACCUUGAUCAGGGUCCACCGUUGGGAGAGGGUGCAGGCCCUGUCCAUCAUCCUGGCCGUCACCACGGUGUGGUUCCAGCUUCAGGCCUACACUAGUAGCAUCGAACCAGAGGCUGUGCUCGUGUGGAUGCCCAUCUUUGUCAUCCUAGACAUUGGAGCUAUGAUGCAGCUCGUCUUUCUUAUCGUCGAAGACACUGGGUUUUGGCCUCUGGUGAGGGCUCUGCCAAACUUCUUGCCGCUCAGUGCGCGCCGAAGUAGUACAGCGUCAAGCACGGUAGUAGGGAGCGAGGAAGUUAGGAUUGAAGGUAUGACAUCUCACAACAUGCGGUGGAAUCCAUUCACUGAUCAACUAGGGUCUGGCAAAACGGCAACGGCUACUCCACUGCCCCCGUCAUGGACUGAACUCAAUAGAGAGCCGCCAAGUUCAGAGCUUGUUGGCCGCGCUUGGCUUGCGUUGCUGUCCUUUGUCCUGGGUAUACUUCUUCUUUCUAUCCAGCUCUUUGGCCUUGCCAUGGCCAUCAAAGGGUUUCAUAGCGACCAUGUCACAGCGCAAUGGUGUUCAACUUUCUUUGCUACCGCCGUCGCAGUCGAGUCUGACUGCAAGCUGUACGAUGUCACGCCCUCGCUAAGUCAAGGCAUUGGAUGCAUCACCAUCAAGGGAUACGAGCAGUACACAUGGCUGCAGGCAUCCAUCAUCAUCAUCUCUCUAUCCUUGGCCUUUCAAGUAUUUGACUGCACAAUCAUGACACUGGUUAGUGGAACGACGAGAUGGAGAGGAGCCAAGAUGAAGCGGCCUUGGUUCACCAUGUUUACCGGAAAUAUCGUACUCCUGGUUCUGAUUGUUGUUGGAGUUUUUCAGUCACAGCGUUUGCCCAGAGAUGUGAGCCCAAGCGUUCUGGUAUACAAGCAUGGUCGAGGACUAGGCAAUAGCAAUCACACCUGUAUUGGCGAGCUUACACCUUAUGGUGUACGGGGAGCCAUCAUUGGAUGGACGGAUGGGUUCUUGGAAAGCUGGGGAGACACUUAUUCUCCAAAGUUCUAUUGA